AUGCGGCCUGUUGUGCAUGCCAGUGUGGAACAUGAGAUCACAAGCAUCCCGUUGCCUCUCGUUCCAUUUUUGGUAUGGCUUAAAAAGUUUGAUUUGAGUGCCAAAGACGCGAGGGAGGGAAAUAUUAAGCUCAUCCCUGCUAUCAAGCUUCUGAACUUCACGCGUUCCGUGAUACCAUCAGAUAUCACGAUUAGGGCAUCUAGCAAGAUACCCUCAGAAGCAGGUGGCUUUACUCCAUUCGCCACGGAUGUGGCUCAGCACGUCAGUCCGACGGUCAAGGAGCUGGCGCCGCUGUUGUCGGCGGAUACAGCACAAUAG